AUGCCUCCCAGAUCUACCAAAUCUCCUCCAAUGGUGGUCGAACUGUCAUCGCAGUGGUAUGAAUCAGUACCUCCGUUGUCUGCUUCUUCUGCCCCGUUGCCCACCGUUAGCUCGACGCAGCUUGCCUCCCUUAUGGAUCGUGCAUCCUCACUUCAUUCAUCCGCGACCUCUACAUAUCAGUCUCAUUCCUCUUCCACAUUGACAUCUUCAAAGUCAGAGUACUCUUUUCUGCAGAAGAUCUUGCAGUCUGGCACUCUGUCCGAUAGGCUUAGCGCAUUGACCCUGCUUGUGCAAAGCAGCCCAGUAUAUAAUAUCAAGGCCCUGGAAACCCUCAAAGGGAUGGCAGAAAGAGGAAAGGGAAAGGGUGGAAGAGAGGAGAGCUUGAAGGCCUUAAGAUGCAUAGUGGAUUGGUGGGUUGGUGGUGGUGGGCCAAGUAGGAAGCUCAAAUAUUUCCGUGAUCAACCUCUGCUACAUCCUUCAGUGACCGAUCAACAUCUGUUGCUUUGGUAUUUUGAGGAUUGGUUGAAGAAGUUCUUCUUUUCUAUCCUGCAGAUCCUCGAGACCUUAUCUUUGGACCCAUUAUCAUAUGUGAGGAUGCAAGCUCUGUCUCUCAUACACAAUCUUCUUCUUGAAAAGCCCGAGCAAGAGCACAAUCUUUUACGCCUCCUGGUUAACAAGUUGGGCGACACUGAAAAAUCCGUCUGCUCACGCGUCUCAUACCACCUUCUUCAACUUCUUCAACUACACCCAUUCAUGAAAGCUAUCAUUGUGCGAGAAAUGACUUCAUUGAUCCUCCGCCCACCUUCUUCUGCACCUUCCGUGACUGCGCCAUCUUCUAAUACUCAUAUCCGCUUUACUGAUGAAGCUCCUAAAUCUAAAUCCAAAUCUCAGCCAGCGCCUCAACCAAAAAAGACCGGAAACGAUCAUGCUAGAUACUAUGCGACUAUCACGUUCAAUCAGAUCGUGUUUGGCCCUGGCGACAGAGAGGUAGCUCUCCAAAUUAUUGACGUCUACUUUCAGAUGUUCAAGGACUUGCUUGGCGAAGGAAGCGGUCUCGACGAACCAGAGCCAGUAGCGACUGUUGCUGGUGACGAAGGCAAGGAAAAGAAGAAGGGCAAAAAAGAGAGAGAUUCCAAGGGUAAAGGUAAAGUGAAGCCGAAAAAUGCUGCAGUCGAGGUCGGGGCAGGUGGCUUCACAGAAGUGGAAGAUGCCCACUCAAAAUUGAUUUCUGCCAUAUUGGCUGGAGUCAAUCGCGCAUUGCCUUACGCAAAACUAAGCGCUACCGACGUUAGCUUGAAUAAACAUAUCGACACUCUUUUCCUAAUUACGCACACCUCAACCUUCAACAUAUCUUUGCAAGCCCUCGUCCUUAUCCAACAGAUAUCUUUUACGCUCUCAUCCAAUCGCCCACAAACUCCUUCAACGUCCACGUCACAUUCACGAACUAUCACAGACCGCUAUUACCGUACACUCUACGCUUCCCUUCAUGAUGUGCGCCUGGCGGCCUCGUCGAAGCAAGCUAUGUAUUUGAAUCUGUUAUUCAAAUCUCUCAAAGCCGAUGAUGACGUAGAAAGGGUGAAGAGUUUUGUAAGGAGAUUUAUACAGAUACUUGUUAGUGGUGGCGGAGGCAGCACAGAGUUUAUUGUUGGUGGGCUAUACUUACUCGGAGAGCUAUUCAGUACGGUUCGGGGCAUGCGCGAUAUGCUCAAACAAUCCACGAGCAAGGAUAACGAUGAGGAAUAUGACCCGAAAAAGCGCGAUCCUCGAUUUGCCCAUCCAUCAUCUUCCCCUCUGUUCGAGUUGAUACCUCUCCUCAAUCAUUAUCAUCCCACCGUGUCUCUGCACGCCCAGCAACUUCUGGAUGCUCGGCCCAUCACCUCCAGCGCGGAUUUAUCGUUAAACACACUUUCUCAUUUCUUGGACCGUUUCGUCUACAAAAACCCUAAGAAACCCAAGCCAAAAGGUGCUAGUGCUAUGCAGCCUGCUGCUAGUGCUGCUGAUGGGAUUGGUGUGAAAUUAACCAAGGGCGAGGUUGAUAGUGGCAUUCUGGUGAAUGAUGAAAAAUUCUGGAGGAGAAAAGUGGAGAACAUUCCUGUAGACGAGGUAUUCUUCCACAAAUAUUUUUCAAGGAAGAACGAGAAACAGAAAGCAAAGCCAAAAAAGACCUUGGACGACGAGGAAGAAAGCUCUGAUGCAGGUUUAGACUUGGGAGCCGAAGACAAUGACGAUAGUGCUGCUGCUGAAGAGAGCGAAGAAGUGAAAGAGGAGGAGGAGGAGGGUAGUGAUGCGGAAGAGGCAGAAAUUUGGAAGGCAAUGAAAGCGACAAUGCCAGCAGUGGCAGGUGAUGGUGAUGAUGACCUUAUGGAGGAUAGUGACAGCGUACCAUCUGACCUGGAUGAUAUGAGCGGGGAUGACGCGGAUAAUGACAGUCAAGAGAACAUCAACACGAAGGGCGGCGAUGCAUUUUCUCUGGCCGAAGAGUCCGACAAUGAGGACCUAAUAGAUCUGGAUAACGAAGUCGCAGAAGGCCUGAUCGAAUAUGAUGGCUCUGACGCUGAUGAUUCAGAUGCUGAAGAGGCGGAGUGGGGCGGCUUCAGUGGUGGCCAGAAGAGAAAGCGAGAAGAAACCGCGUCUAGCGAGCGCAAGAAACUACGGGCCUUGCCAACGUUCGCAAGUUAUGAGGACUACGCGAAGAUGAUUGAAAAUGAACCAGAGGAUAACAUCUAAAAUCAAUCCAUUAUGUUUCGAGAUGGCGCCCCUGUUGACCAACGAAGUCGCGGCGGCCGCUAUUGAGUGUCGACAGGCUUAGUCUUUUUUCGUAUUUACUCCAUACAAAAUACUGGAUUCUUCGCAAUACAGCAUAUGUUUCUCAAAUUUCCUUGAUGUCAAGGACAGUAGUACAUUGCUAUUUCUUAUAU